AUGAACAUCACCAUCAGCUCUCAUUUUACCACGUACAUCCACGUCACAGUACAACAGUCUCACCAUACCCCCCACCGCCUCGAGCAUAGCCAGAGCGCCGCGCUAUUCGUUUCCGCGUGUAUGCCGCAAUCCAUCCCGCUGACGAGCGUCCGUUCCGCAACAAAGCCCGAAUCUGUCCCUUUGACUGAGCCCCAAAGUCCUGCGUCCGACAUCACCUUUGACGAUUGGGAUGAGCACGAUAGUUCUUCCACUAUGCCUUCAGACCUUCGACCUGACCUCGACCGCGAGCGCGACGGUCGCUCCCUUUCACCCUUACUCGGCCGCAAAGAUGACGACGACCUGGCAGACGACGUCGGUAACGAUGCCAUGCAGAAUUCGGGAGUGACGAUGCGCUCGACGCACACGUUCCACGAGCGCGAUCCUGAGAGUCAAGCUCGCUUCGAGACAAGGAGGCGGUAUACCUAUGCCGCCAUCUUCCUUGCACUCAGUCUGGUAUCCUUCACCGUCCAAACCGAGACGGCCGUGUACAUCCAGCAUGAGCUGAAGUGGGAGAAACCAUACUGCAUGCUGUAUAUGACCCACGGCUCCUGGGUUGUCCUCUGGCCCGUCCAGCUCUUGCUGCUCCGCUUCCAGAGUUGGUCUCAACCCUGGCCUGCAUUUUGGCGCCGUCAUGUGCAGCUUCUCCGUCAAACCGCCCUCAUGGUGCAGCAUCAGACCCUUCAUCCCACGCCGAGGCAAUCCCAAGUCUCGCCCGUUCGAUAUAUGAUCAAGAUGACGGCAUUCAUCACCUGCGCCCUCACCGUGGCCGGUGGUAGCUGGUACCUGGCCGUCAACUUAACUACCGCUAGUGAUCUGACUGCCAUCUAUAAUUGCUCUGCCUUCUUUGCCUACGCCUUUAGCAUUCCCUUGCUCCACGAAAAGGUGCGCACCAGUAAGGUUGUCGCCGUCGCAAUCGCAAUCUUCGGUGUGUUUGUCGUGGCAUAUGGAGAUAACACGCCUGCAAAGCAUGGUUCCAAGUCAGGAGGCGGGGCUGGCGGGGAAAAAGCCCCACCCUCUGAAGAGGCUGAUAACCGCGCGCUCGGGAAUCUAAUCAUUGGUGUCGGGAGCAUCUUAUACGGAUUCUACGAGGUGUUGUACAAAAAGCUGGCUUGCCCCCCAGAUGGGUGCUCACCAGGUAGAGGCAUGGUAUUUGCGAACACGUUCGGAAGCUUGAUCGGUGGUUUUACUUUGUUGGUUCUCUGGAUUCCCUUGCCUAUUUUGCAUUAUCUCGAGAUCGAAACGUUCCAAUUGCCACAGGGCAAGCAGGCGUCUAUGAUGGCCAUCUCCGUCUUGGCGAACGCAAGUACGUAUUUCUCGUUGUUGUCUACACUACCAACAAGUAGCACUUGGUUUGCUAACAUCUUAACAGCUUUCUCUGGAUCUUUCUUGGUUCUCAUUAGCUUGACAUCUCCCGUCUUGUCCUCCGUCGCAGCCCUCCUCACCAUAUUCAUUGUCGCUAUUGUUGACCAGCUCCUUCCACCGCCUCUCAACUCGCCCCUCACGCCUGCCGCACUCUUUGGUGGUUUGCUCAUCAUUGGCGCUUUCCUGGUUCUCAGCUGGGCGACGUACAAGGAGAUGGAUGAAGAGCGCAGGAAGAAAUUGGAGGAGAGCGGGAGCGAUGUCGACGAUUAA